AUGGCUUUACUCCGCCUACUGAUGGGGCACGCUUUCUCAUUCUUCUAUCAGAGCCGUGCGUUUUGGGAAAAACGGAACAAACUCUCGUCCCUGGUGGAGGGAUUGUUUCCAAAAAGCAAGUGGCUUGAGAGUGCCAUAUCCAAGACUCAUUUUCCUAGAGAUGCGACUGCAAUGGAAAGCCGGAUAGCGGAAACAGGACUCAGCGCCGGCCACCAGCAGAGGCAAAGGGAGCUGGUGCGCGCGUCUAGGAGUCGCUCGCUCGGGUCUGCAGCCGGUCGGCCCGCCGCUAGGGGACGCCACGAGCGCGCCGGCCCCCCCGCCCAGCUGCCAGAGCAGGACUCGGCGCCGGCUCCCUUCCGCCAGCCCCAGAGCCGGGCCAGAGGAGGGAGGCCGGAGGAGACGGCAGGGGACGCUCGGCGAAGCGCCUGGGCUGUCACCGCGGACCCGCCGGCGAGUGUCUUGGUGGGGGCGCCCAAAGCCAACACCAGCCAGCCGGAUAUCGUGGAAGGGGGCGCUGUCUAUUAUUGCCCCUGGCCAGCUGAGGGAUCUGCUCAGUGCAAGCAGAUACCUUUUGACACCACCAACAACAGAAAGAUCAGAGUUAAUGGAACCAAAGAACCUAUAGAGUUCAAAUCAAAUCAGUGGUUUGGAGCAACAGUGAAAGCUCACAAAGGGAAAGUUGUGGCUUGUGCCCCUUUAUAUCACUGGAGAACUCUUAAACCGACACCAGAAAAGGAUCCUGUUGGUACUUGCUAUGUAGCAAUUCAGAAUUUCAGUGCAUAUGCUGAAUACUCUCCUUGUCGAAACAGCAAUGCUGAUCCUGAAGGCCAGGGUUACUGCCAAGCAGGAUUUAGUCUGGAUUUUUAUAAGAAUGGAGAUCUUAUAGUAGGAGGACCUGGAAGUUUUUAUUGGCAAGGUCAGGUGAUCACUGCCAGUAUUGCAGAUAUCAUUGCCAAUUACUCAUUCAAGGAUAUUCUAAGGAAAUUGGCUCGAGAAAAACAGACAGAAGUGGCUCCAGCUUCUUACGAUGAUAGUUACCUUGGAUACUCAGUUGCUGCUGGGGAAUUUACUGGAGACUCUCAGCAAGAAUUGGUGGCUGGAGUUCCAAGAGGAGCACAGAACUUUGGAUAUGUUUCAAUCAUUAACUCUACAGAUAUGACCUUUAUUCAGAAUUUCACUGGUGAACAGAUGGCAUCAUAUUUUGGAUAUACUAUUGCAGUAUCAGAUGUUAACAAUGAUGGAAUGGAUGACAUACUGAUUGGGGCACCUCUCUUCAUGGAACGUGAAUUUGAGAGUAAUCCUAAAGAAGUAGGGCAAGUUUACCUGUAUUUGCAAGCAAGCGCUCUCGCCUUCAGAGACCCUCAGGUCCUCUCAGGCACUGAGGUUUUUGGGCGAUUUGGUAGUGCUGUUGCACACUUAGGAGACCUGAACCAGGAUGGAUAUAAUGACAUUGCAAUUGGUGCACCCUUUGCAAGCAAGGAUCAACGAGGCAAAGUGUUCAUUUACAAUGGAAACAAGGACGGCUUAAACCCCAAGGCUUCCCAAAUUCUUCAAGGAGCUUGGGCCUCACAGGCUAUCCCUUCAGGAUUUGGUUUUACUUUAAGAGGAGAUUCAGACAUAGACAAGAAUGAUUACCCAGAUUUACUUGUGGGUGCAUUUGGAACAGGAAAAGUAGUGGUUUACAGAGCGAGGCCGGUUGUGACUGUGGAUGCCCAGCUUCUGCUGAACCCAAUGAUCAUCAAUCUUGAAAAUAAAACUUGCCAGAUUCCAGACUCUGUGACAUCUGUGGCCUGCUUUUCUGUAAGAGUUUGUGCAUCAGUAGCAGGCCAGAGCAUUUCAAACACAAUAGCCCUGACAGCUGAGGUGCAAUUAGAUUCACUGAAACAAAAAGGAGCCAUUAAACGUACUCUCUUCCUUGACAACCAUCAGGCCUAUCUCAUCUUCCCUUUAGUGAUAAGGCGGCAGAAAGCCUUCCAGUGCCAGGACUUUAUGGUUUACCUUCGAGAUGAAACUGAAUUCCGAGAUAAAUUAUCUCCAAUCAACAUUAGUUUGAAUUACAGCUUGGAUGAAUCUACCUUUAAAGAAGGCCUGGCAGUGAAACCAAUACUUAACCACUACAGAGAAAAUUCUGUUAGUGAGCAGGCUCACAUCCUGGUGGACUGUGGAGAAGACAAUAUGUGCAUUCCUGACUUGAAACUGUCAGCUAGACCAGAUAAGCAUCAGGUAAUCAUUGGAGAUGAAAAUCACCUUAUGCUCAUAAUAAAUGCAAGAAAUGAAGGAGAAGGAGCCUAUGAAGCUGAACUCUUUGUAAUAAUACCAGAAGAGGCAGAUUAUGUUGGGAUUGAACGCAACAACAAGGGACUUCGGCCACUGAGCUGUGAAUACAAGAUGGAAAAUGUGACCAGAAUGGUGGUGUGUGACCUCGGGAACCCUAUGGUGGCUGGAACAAAUUAUUCUCUGGGCCUCCGAUUUGCAGUUCCUCGUCUUGAAACAACAAACGUGAGCAUUAACUUCGACCUCCAAAUCAAAAGUUCCAACAAGGACAAUCCAGACAGCAAUUUUGUGAGCCUGCAAAUCAAUAUCACUGCUGUAGCUCAAGUAGAAAUAAGAGGAGUAUCCCACCCUCCGCAAAUUAUUCUGCCCAUUCACAACUGGGAACCAGAAGAGGAGCCUCACAAAGAAGAAGAUGUUGGGCCUUUGGUGGAACAUAUUUAUGAGCUGCACAAUAUUGGGCCAAGUACCAUCAGUGACACUCGUCUGGAAGUGGGUUGGCCAUUCUCUGCCCGGGAUGAAUUUCUCCUCUACAUUUUUCACAUUCAAACUCUGGGACCUCUGCAAUGUCAAACAAAUCCUGAUAUCAACCCACAGGAUAUAAAGCCUGCAGCCUCCCCAGAGGACACCCCUGAGCUUAGCGCCUUUUUGCGGAACUCUACCAUUCCUCAUUUGGUCAGGAAGAGGGACGUGCCUGUGGUGGAGCUCCACAGACAAAGCCCUGCAAAAAUACUGAAUUGUACAAAUAUUGAGUGCUUAGAAGUCUCCUGUGUGGUGGGACGGUUGGAAGGAGGAGAAAGUGCGGUCCUGAAAAUCAGAUCACGAUUAUGGGCUCAAACAUUCCUCCAGAGAAAAAAUGAUCCCUAUGCUCUUGCAUCCCUGGUGUCCUUUGAAGUUAAGAAGAUGCCUUAUAAAGAUCAGCCAGCAAAACUCCCACAAGGAAACAUAGCAUGUGGAUUCUUUGAUAGAGCAAGACCUCCACAAGAUGAUAUGACUGACAGAGAACAACUGACAGAUGACAAAACCCCUGAUGCAUGA